CACACGCGGCCGCCGCGAGCGUAGAGGGAGUAGCGCGAAUUCGGAAACGCGACGCAACACGCAGCUGCCGAUCAGUCGACUCGACUCGACUCGUCUCUGCCACCGCGCCAUUAACUGCGCGCAUUCAAGCCACCCCGCUGCGCUCCAACUAACCUCCCCAGCUCCACGCCUUAAAUGCGCGCCUCCCCUCGUCCCGAUCCCCUUUCCUUCAAGCAAGCAAGCAGAGGAGAGGGACCGGGACCGGGAGUGAGAGGAAGUUGAGCUAUUUUCUUCGUCGACGCUGGUUUUUGGCCCCUGACUGCUGGUCGAGAUGUCGAAGAUGGCGGACGAGAAGGUGAUUUCGGCGCCGGCGACCGGCGGAGGGGAGGACGGGCUGAUCGCAGGGGACCUGUCAGCCGCGGAGGCGCGGGUCCGUCCGUUGGAGACGCUGCUGCGCGCCGCGCCUCUGGGGCUCUGCGUCGCCGCCAUGGCCGUUAUGCUCCGUGACACGCAGACCAACGAGUACGGCACCGUCUCCUACUCCGACCUCGGCGGAUUCAAGUACCUGGUUUAUGCCAACGGGCUGUGCGCGGCCUACUCCCUGGUAUCCGCGUUCUACACUGCCGUGCCGCGGCCGGCGACGCUGUCCCGCUCCUGGAUUGUCUUCCUCCUAGACCAGGUGUUCACGUACCUGAUCCUGGCGGCCGGCGCGGCGUCGGCAGAGCUGCUCUACCUGGCGUACAACGGCGACAAGGAGGUGACGUGGAGCGAGGCGUGCGGCGUGUUCGGCGGCUUCUGCAGGCAGGCCCGAACGUCGGUGGCCAUCACCUUCGGCUCCGUCGUCUGCUACAUCCUCCUCUCCCUCAUCUCGUCCUACCGCCUCUUCAGCGCCUACGACGCACCCAUGCCCUCGCUCGGCAACAAGGGCGUCGAGAUCGCUGCCUUCCCGCGCUGAGCCGAGAGGAUCCCUGGCUGCUCUGGCUUGGCUACUCGAUGACGGGUCAAAACUCAAAACACGUACGUACGUAGUAGUAUCGCUGUGUGUGUAGGCGAACGAAAUAAUCUGUAAGGGCUCAUAGUUAAUUUCAAGCUACAUAUAGUGCAUCUGCCUCUCUUCUUUUUACUUGAUUCUAUAUACACUGUACUAGCUUUGAAUCUUCUGCUGUGAGGCUGUGGUGGAUUAAUUGAUGCGUUCCAAAAAUGCGAACCUAGUUCCGUUGCAGGCACCCAGGUGAUCUAUGUAACUACGAUGAGCUUCCUCAUUUAAGGAGUUCAGUUGCUUGUAAGGUGCUUGAAGCAAAGCAAAAUCAAUACUCUUUCCGUUCACAAAUA